AUGGCGCAUCUCAAGGACAAGUACGAGUACUGGGACGUGGACGCGACCCCUCCCGGUUUAGAGGUCCUGUGGAAGAUCGUCUCACCCGCGGACCUCGCGAAGUGGCAGGAGGCUGGGGGCAUCAGCGGCUCGGAGUUGGACCGCAAGGACGGGUUCAUUCACACCUCGAACGGACGCAUGGUGAGGGAGGUGGCGGCGAGGUUCUUCAAGGGCGUCGGCGACGCGGUGCUGCUCAAGAUGCUCCCGGAAGAGUGGCCGCUCGCGGUGAUUUGGUCCCCAGACGAGCCCGUCGGCGUGCUCAAGCGCCCGGUCACGGGCUCGGUGAGCGUGCACUGGCUCCCGGACGGGUGCGCGCACGUGUAUCACAGCGACCCGCUUCCGUUGGAGUGCGUCGCGGAGACGCACCCGAUGCCGCUCGGCGCGGACGGCGUGCACGUGUUCCCAGAGGGGAUGGAGGAUAAGCCCGUGGACGUGACCCCGGGGCCUGAGGUGCACCCGGCGCACGGCGGGCCCGGACCCGGCGGGGCCGGACCGGGCGAUGGAGACGCGAUGGAGACGUGA